GAGGGUGUGGGUUGUGUGGGUUGGUGUGGGUGGAAUGAGGGUGUGGGUGUGGGAUGGGCGUACUACUUUCACCAACAUUUCGGCCGGGCGUCAGUUGUAUUACGUCCCACUGUCCCAGCGUGAUACUCUCAGCCUUUUCCUUGAGCGUCCCAGCCAGUGGUCGGUGGAGCCAAGGCGGCACACGGCGAGGACAAACCAUCCCAGAAGGGAACAACGUUGAUAACCUGCACGUUCCUGCUAAAUAUUGUUCAUUUACAUUAAAAUGACUCAGCAAAAGAAAAUGAAGAAGGCUAAAUGCUGCGGGUGCUUCGCCUGGCUCUUCGCCAGGUGGGCACGCCGCAGCCCCCCCGAGGACCUCGACUCCACCGUCGAGGACACCAAAAACGCCCAGGACGAUGCAGGUGAACGGGGCCAAGGGUCCCUGAGCCUGGUCUGCCUGGAGAACGCUGCUCAGCCUCUCUCUGUGGUGGAGGAGGAACUCCCCUCCGACACCCAGGAUGCUGAUGGGGUCGUGGAAGAGGCAGGAAAGGAGAGCCAUGGCAGGAAGCCUGAAACUCUCGUCAUCACUAUCCACUUGGUCAAGAGAGAAAGGGUCGACAAGCCAGUGGACAAAAAUACAGUCGCAGAAAAAGACUGGAAGCAAAAGGAAGGCCAUGGCAGGAAGCCUGAAACUCUCGUCAUCACCAUUCACUUGGUCAAGAGAGAAAGGGUCGACAAGCCAGUGGACGAAAAUACAGUCGCAGAAAAAGACUGGAAGCAAAAGGAAGGCCAUGGCAGGAGGCCUGAAACUCUCGUCAUCACUAUCCACUUGGUCAAGAGAGAAAGGGUCGACAAGCCAGUGGACGAAAAUACAGUCGCAGAAAAAGACUGGAAGCAAAAGGAAAGCCAUGGCAGGAGGCCUGAAACUCUCGUCAUCACUAUCCACUUGGUCAAGAGAGAAAGGGUCGACAAGCCAGUGGACAAAAAUACAGUCGCAGAAAAAGACUGGAAGCAAAAGGAAGGCCAUGGCAGGAGGCCUGAAACCCUGAUCAUUACUCUGCACAUGGUCAAGAGAGAAAAGAUCAAAGAGGUGUACGAGGAGCUGCCCUCCGAGCAUCACGGCACUGCUGGGGACGCUCCCUCCUGCAGGAGCAAGGCUGUCACCGGGCCACCAGAGAAGACGCCCCUCAAGAGCAGCUUCAGAAAGCACGAUGCACCUCCAAACCCCGCCAAGAAAGUUGUCAGGUUCAGCUUCCAAAACCUGAACACUUUCGUCAAAGAUCGAGAACUGUACUGCGGCUACGACUACUUCAAGUACGGCUUCCCUCUCUCCAUGAUUCGAUCUGAGCUGGAAAGAACAGUGAAGCCACAGGAAGAGCCAGCAAAGGAAGCAGUGAACAAACUGCCAGAGCCUCAGAAAACAACAGUAACAAAGAAAACAACAGAUUCAGACAACAAAACCACUGAGCCACAACAUCUCACAGGGAUCCUCAAGAAAGGAAAGACGGCCAGCACCGCUCAUAAAUGUCUCCGCUUUAACUUCCAAAACCUGAACACUUUCGUCAAGGAUCGUGAACUGUACUGUGGCUACGACUACUUCAAGUACGGCUUCCCUCUCUCCAUGAUUCGUUCUGAGCUGCAAAAGCCAAAGGAGAGAACAGUGAAGUCACAGGAAGGGUCACUACAACAGCAAACAGUUAGGGAAGCUCGCUGUGCACCGAUGAAUACCACUACUGAAGGGAAGUCUCCUAAAGGUAUUCUUAAGAAAGAAAAGAUGACAGGGUCCACCUGUCCAAAACACGUGCGCUUCAACCUUGGUAACCUCCGCGCCCCCGUUAAGGAACGUGAGCUGUACCGUGGCCACGACUACUUCAGAUACGCCGAGCCGCUCCAAGUCACUCAGUCUCCCAACGUCGCCUCGAGGCCCCACCAGCAGCCCGUUAGAUCCGCCUCUAACUCGCUGCGCGGCGCACCUCGGCACCUCGGGAGGCCGAGGACACAGCGGAGCAACGACUCCUUCCAGCAAAACAGUGGCCGGAAUGCUGCACACAACUACACCAACAACCGCCACUCACAGCACCGCCAUCACAACUCCAGCAGCCACGUCUCGCCCAGAUACGAAACAAGGUAUUUCUACGAAGGGCAGACAAACCCAGGCACCAACUCCCGCAGCAGAAGUCGUGUCAAGAGAGGCGCCAAGCCGAGUGAAGGCGAUGUUCUGGGAGCACAGGGCGAGUACACAGCGUCGUGAUCAAACUCAAAUGUUCAGCGACGUACAGUUGACGUACAUUGCGGGUGCAUUUCUCAAUACCCGCUGAACAGUAACUGUCGUUGAUUGGUGAUAACAGUGACUGAGGAGUGCCAAGAAGCACCACAAACACGCUGCGAGGAACGGCUCGCCAGCUGACUAAAAUCACCGUGCAGAGGAACACGUCCCAGGGAACGGUGGCACUUUACGGAACACAUUGUUCAAGAGUGUCGCAUCUGUGGGGAGUGUUGCGAUGCAUGGGUGUGCUUACAUUUCUUAUCUUAUAUUUCAAA